GGACGUGAAAAUCAGGUGCCAGGUGCAAUGUUGCGAGACCUAACGAGGCGAUGAGGAGUGCGAAGGUUGUAUGGAAAUGGAACGGUCGUUUGCACGCAAACCUUUACCAACAUUUUCACAUUUAACUAAUAUAUACCUAUAUUAUUAUAUACCAACCGGCACGGAGCGCAUUUAAAACAGUAUACAUAGUGAGUAAAAAUGGUGGUACUCAGUAAGUUGCAACUGUUGUGUGAUUUUCCGUUUAUAAAAUCAUGUCGGCCAUUGCAUUUUUCCGGACAUCAACAUUGUUCGGCAAAUGCAAUCAUGUGUUUUCUCAAUGCAGCACGUGCCUGUACCAAGUAUUACGUUCCUGUGUAUAUAUUGCAACUUGCAUUAGUUGGAGCAAAAAAUUUAAACCAAGAGAAGUUCUUGGAAAUUUUCCUUGGAUAUUUACGAUCGGUUAUUUAUGGUGGAGUAUUUCCAAUGGCUGCCAGUGGGACUUUAUGUUUAUAUCUGACAUUAUUUGGUCGAAUUGAUGUGAAAACUCUUCUUACUAUUGGUGUGAUGGUUGGGGUGACUAUUUUUUGUGAAACCAAACGAAAUCGUCGGCUUAACUCAUAUAUGAUUAGCACAUUAGCAUUGGAAGUAAUGGUUAAUGAAUUGGAAGCCAAGAAUUUGAUAACAAGAAGUCCGCUUCGCGACACAUUAAAAUUUAUGGCAAUAAAUGGAUUAGUCAUGUAUUUCUUGGCCCGCAAGAAGCUGAAAUCUUUGAACUUUUGGUUUUACGACAUAAAACCAAUUAAAGAGAAAGCCCCAGAUGAUAACGUAGAAAACAUCCAAAAGUGCACACAUCAGGAUAACUGCACAAACUUUCUCAAGGAAGGUUUUAAAAAAUAUUUUUUCAUCGGCUAUGGAUGGAACCUAAUCAAAAUAAUAAUGAAAAAGUCAGCUCUAAUGAUAAAGAAACCAAAAUUGAUUCCAUCAUUUAUAGUAAAACUAGAAAACCUAAAAUUUGGUGCUGUGCUUGGUUUAUAUGCUGUCAUCUAUCGAUACAUAAUGUGCAAUCUGGUGAAAAUCGAUUCCGUUCAAAGUGCACAACGAAGGGCAGUCCAUUCGGGGUUGGCUGGCGUGCUCGCAGGCAGCACUUAUAUAAUCGAACCAAAUUUACAAUUUGGAUUGACGGCACUGGUAACAUUGCUACAGAUAUUUUAUGAAAAUUUAAAAGAAACGACAUUCAAUGAAAAUUUCUGGGAGAAAGUGCCCGGAGCUGAGUUGUGCUUCAUUGUAAUGGUUUCAUAUUUGAAUAUUUGUUACAUCGCCAAUACGGUCGACAUGCAACGAGCCAAUAUUAAAUUUAUUUAUGACACUUUUUCCGGGAACAUUGCAAGCAAAUUCCGAACGGUGAUUCUACGAGAAAUGAAAUUAAUUCAAUGAAUAUAUAUAUUAUUUAAAUAAAUUGUGCUAUCAAUUAUUUGGAUUAAAGUUGUUAUCAUGUAUUUAUGGUUGAAUUAAUAGGUAAUAUAAUGUAAGCGGCAAUUAACGCAUUUGAAUUGGAUUAAUAUAUCAAAAUCAUUCGUGAGUAGAACUGCGAGGGGCAGAGAACUAUAAUCAGUGUUUAAAUUAUGAUAACAUCUAUGCAAACCCGUUUGCAUACCAAUUAACUCUGCUUAAACUAAUGUAGAAUAAUCCAUAUUUGUAUGCAAAUAAUUUUGUGAUUUUUUCGUCAAUUUAAAUGUGAAAUUUAAUUUAAAAUUUAAUGAAAUUUAAAAAGCAAGAAAUAAACUUUUAUAUUCAA